UCAUUGCUGAGGAGUAAACGCACGAGAAGGGGGCUCCUCUCUCUUCUCUUCUCUUCCCCCAUUUAUCCCCCAGUUCACCUUCGAGUGAGCCUGGAAUGGACUACAGCAGUUCUCCAAGCAACUUGGACGCACUUUGCAAGACCGAUUGGCAUUUUUAAAUCGUGUUCCUUAACACCCCUCCCUUUUCAAGUCUGCAGAAUGGCAGAAAAUGAGUCCGAAUCACCCGGACCACUAAAGACAUUAAUAUUAUUAUCAUUAUCAUAGCCCAAACUGGCUUUUGUCGGAAAAGGUGGCCUAUCCGAAAGGACAAUUUCUUAUCCUAACUUUCCCCGUUGCGGAUAAUGGAUGGCAGAGAUUUUGGAGCUCCCCGAUCCGUCCACGUACCUCCCCCGCUGUUGGCCGGGCUGGCCGUGGAGCCUCACCGACUCGGGGCUGCCGGAGCAGGCGGGAGGAUCCCUCCUUCCCCCGGCCACUUGGCCGCCACUCACCCGCCGCCUCUCCACUCGGGAAAAUUCUUACCAUCGGCUAUUAACCUGCACGGACACCACAGUGAUGCCUUCCCAACGGGAUCCAAUCCCUUCCUGGCUGGUUAUCCAUGCCCCUCCCCCCUGAGCGUUGACCCGGCAUACCGAUCGGCCAAUCCCGGCGCUUUGCCCAUGGCUCAGCUCUGGGCAUCACACGCUCAUGAAGGCUACCCUCUGCCUGGCAGCCUGUACUCGAGUCCCUACCUAUCACUGGGGCACUUGGAGCCACCUUCCAUCUCCCAAAAUCACCUCUAUGACUCCCAUAAAGAGAGCUUUUUCCUGCCAGCGACUGUUAGCCAGUCACCCCUCCACCCCCCGUCUGCUCCCCAAAGCACGCUGUCCGGCUCCACGCCGCCCCAAAAGGCAUCCCGAGACGUGGGCAGAGAACGGUCCUAUCGGGGGGACCGGGAGCGGGAGCGAGAGCGAGAGAGGUCACGGGAGGAGCUUCGGCAGCAUGGUGUGGUGGACCUCACGCUGGACGGGAGGAGUGAGGAAGAGCGCCGGGGGCGCCCUGGGGAUAAGGAGCGAGAGAAAGACAGGGACGCAGACAGAGAUGCCUGGUCCCUACAUCCUCUUCAUCAUCAUCACCAUCAUCAUCCGCAGAAAUCAAGCUCUCAGCCCUCCACAGGGGAGCCCAGGUCAAGGCCAUCACCUGUGCUCCAGUCCUCCUUCCCCGCGGGUGGGGGCGGUGGCAUGAGCAGGCACCUCGGGAACGAAGCGGAGCGAGGGAGUCGGGAGGGGGAGGCGGGCUCCCGAGUCCACCAUCACUCCAACGCAAAUAACCUGCCCGCGGCGUCUCACUCCGAACGACAAAGGAGGGACGAGUCGGCGCCGGCGGGGCCGCUCCACUUCUCCUACGCCCUUCGUCCUUCCCUCCAGCCCUCCGUCACGGCCGUGCCCCUCCCCCCCGCGCUCAGAGACCCCACGAGGGAGCAGAGAGUCAGCGCGCCGACUUACGUGCCUUCCGUGGAGGUUUAUGACGAGCGGGUCGGGCCCAUCCAGAUCGCGUCGCAGGCCCGCGACAAGCACGCCGACAAAUACAGAGACAGAGAGCGAGAGAGCGACAAAGAGCCCGAACGGGAAAGUUACAGGUUCCCCGAGAGGGGCCCGACGGAACAUCCUCGACUUUCCCAGCCCGGCGACUCGAGCAAUCCUCAUCAGCGAGAGGAAGGUUCCAUCAUCUGUUGCAACGGUUCUGUCGGCAAGCGAGGCCAGGACUCUUCUCGCUCCUCCAAUCAGUCGAGGUUUAGCCCAGAGGGCCGGGACGUGUCCAAACACUCCAGUCGUUUGGGCCUGGAGCGGGACAAACAUUGGAAUUCCAUCAGUCCUUUGAGCAACUAUGCUACCAAUCACAUGGCCGCCCUCGCCGCCCAACACGGACACACGCUUUCUUCUCCGUCACACACGCAAGUUUCCCCUCACGCCACCAACCGGGCCGCCGCCGCGAACGCGCCCAGGCACUCCCCUCGAAGCGAGCACGGACAGAGCCGCACGGGCGAGGAAGGGAGACUCUACUUGGACCCGUCGAGCCUUUACCGUCCGGGAGUGUCGUCCGGCGGGGAGAGAACUUCGGGGCCCUCGGAGGUGUCGGCCAUGCAGAGUCUCAUUAAAUACAGCGGCAACUUUGCCGCCGAGGGGGGCGGUGCCGCCGCCGCCGCCGCCGCCGCCAGGCUCGCGGCCGACACCCGGGGGCCCUUCGGAGGUUUGGCCAGCAUCGGGAUGGAAGGCGAGCGAGAGCGAGAGAGGUCGGUGGUGGGCUCGAGCGCUUCCGGCUCGCUGAGGGGGCCUCCCCAGCUGAAAAGGGAGCAGGAUCGACCCGACAGCGCUCGCUCUUUUGGGCGAGAGACGGAGGGAGAGGUGCGCCACCCUCCGGUCGGCAUCGCCGUGGCCGUGGCCCGGCAGAGAGAGAGCACCGGCGCCAAGCAGAGCACGGGUUCCUCGGACCCGCAGAGAGCCCCGUUGCUGCCGACGGCUAUUAAAGAUGAAGAACGAGGCGAGGAGCGCGCACGUCAUCACGAAGAGCGAAUGCUCGCCGGCCGCUUGGAACGCGAUGACAAAAUGCUCAGAGAGCCCAAAGAGCUGUCGGACUUCACGCAGCUGCCCCCUCCCCUACUUCCGAGCGGUAUGAUGACGACCAGCCUCAUGACCCCCAACCUCAUGGUGACCGGAGGGGCGGGGCGAUGGCAUCCCGACCCGUCGACUCUGACCUCUCACCCCUGGCUGCCUCGCCCUGGAGCUCCUCCAGUUUGGCUCCCCGGCUCACCGUACAGCUUGAGCUCUUCCUCCCUUCACCCGACGCUUUCCCCAGGCUACCCGCCGUCACUACCGGGCUCCAUAGCGCCUCCCUACCAGUUUGUCAGAGACUCACAGACUGGGAAGCUUCUAGUCAUCCCGACCGAGCACCUGCCACACUACGGAGGAGACAUGUUGGAGCGCGGGACCCCCGUGUGGCCGGGGAUGUACGGGCCGGGCGCCUCCCUGCAGCACGCGGCCCAGCUCCAGCUCCUCUCCCAGCAGCAGAUGCUCCGGCAACAGGAGCUGCUCAUGAUCCAGCAGCACACGGCGCAGGUUCUGGAGCUGCAGAGGAACGCGCAGCUCGUUGAGCAUUUCAAGGCCAGCGAGCAGCGGCCGGGCUCGGACGACAAAGCCGACAAGCAGAACGCCGAAGCCAAAGCCCGGCCGUCGUCGUUUUCCCCGUCGCCCGUCCUCCAUCCCCGCAAGCCCCCGCCGCGGUCUCGCUCGUCCACGCCCUCCACGUCCUCCCUCACCCCGCUGCCGCCGUCACCGGCGACCAACCUCAAGUCGGAGGAAUCCAGGCAGAGAGCGUCGUCUCACCUGCCGCCGCCGCCGCACGCGUCCUCCCCGUGUUCGGCCUCGCCGCCCCCGGCCUCACCGCGGCUGCCCAAACACGAGUCUGCCCAUGACGGACAGGCGGCGGAAAGGGGGCAGCGGCGAGAAGGACCUCAGCCCGCUUUCCCAGAUGUCUACUCGGAGCUCUCGCCCGGUUACCCUUACCAGUCGAUGGGCGCUCCCUUCGGCGCGCCCCUUCCGACUUAUCACGUGCCAGCGCGCGCCGCGGCAAACACAGAAGCUGUUCCACGGCGCCACGCCCACUCUUUGGACUUGAGUACCACGGCCCGCCUCCACUCGGGGCCGCCGGACGCCCACCUCAAAGCGCAAAAACCGACAACAAAGAAUGAGCCCUUCCUGAAACAGGAACCCGUCGUGGAAAAGUCCGAUUCGACGCCGGAGCCGCCGAUUCCGCUCGCGCGUAGCUGCGGUCCCGUCGGAGCGCGACACAAUCGACAGGACGACGGGGGCCCGUUGACGCUGCAGCGGAUCCCUCCGCGGGUUUCCAGUCCUCGCCAGAGAGUGGCUGAAGAAAAGGGAGGACAGAUGGAAAGAGAGGUACAAUCAUAUCAGAGUGCGUAUCCUUCUCCGCUCGACGGAACGGAACCCCUCGCGGAGGAUCCGGAGCCCACGCAAUACCGGUCGUCCGAUGUGGACGGCCAGGAAUCCGCUAAGCCGGGCGCGAGCGAUGUCUGUGAAUCCCAUCGAGCAUCGUCGCCAAAGCAACACACCCCAAGUCGGAAGGAAACGGUCACCGAAAUCCCUCCCGAGCCGUCGGUCCUUGAAGAUCCCAUGGCGGGGAUGCUGGCUCUGCUCGCAGCCAGCGAGCUGUCCGAGCCGUACCCGCUCAGCCAGACGGUCAUCGCCCGGACUCCCGAAAACUGCAGCGGGGCUGGUCCGCUGGAGAUGGUGGCGCUGGAGGGCAUGGCCAUGCUCAGCCAAAUGGCCCGGCGGGAAAUGGAGAGCAUCAGCACGGAGCCCGAUUUAGCAAUGGAAGGCCUGGACUGUCUUCUCGAGGCGAGCAGACAGAUUCUACUGGAGGCCAUCGAGAAACAGUCCCACAUUGAUCUGCCCAGAGCGCUGGAUCCCGACAGAAAGUACAGCUGGAGGCAGAGGAAGGAGGAGCCGCUCUAUCGUAAAAUGUCAAUGGACGUGUUGGACGCGGUGGAGGUGGAAUACCGCGUCCGCCUGGCUGAGCUGCAGAAAACGUACAAGGAGAAGCAGAGAGAGAUGAGCAAGCUGCAGAGACGCCGAGACAAGCACGAACGGCAGCAGGAGGAUGAGAGGCGGAGCCUGAUGAGGCGGGGCAGAGGUCGGCCGAGGAAGAGAAAACACUUGGCCACGCCUCCCAAACCGGAUAGCAGGCCCGCAAAGGUGGCCAGGUCCACGCAAUACUCGGAGGAUUCUGAAACCGGGGAAGGACAGAGAAAAAGGUUCCCGGGCUCCAGAGAAGACGAGGAGACGGACGUGGGGAGUUUAGGGCUGAAGAUCAAAAAGAAGAAAAAGAGCAAAGGCUGGAAAGAGCAGGACGCCUCCGGCGGGCAUCUUCCCGAGGGGCCGAAGGUGAAACGCGGCCACGUGUGCGAGCAGGAGCAGUUAGCCUCCGACCUGGACCGAGCGCUUUCGCUCUCGCGCCUGGACUCGUGUCGCAAAGCGGCUUCCGGCUCCAAAGAAGAGCGGCCCAGGGGCAAGUCGGCCGACGGCCGGCGCUCAAACGACCGCUCGCCGUCCAAAAGCAAACACAAAGUGGCCGCCAGGUCCUCGGAUGCCCUACGCAAGGUGAAAGGUCAGAAGAAGAGUGCUUUUUUCUCCCCGGGGAGAUCGGAGCUCAGCAGCUGCUCGAACAACUCGGAUUCCGAGGGUCACAAUUGGGCAAGAGGGGGCUGGCCCUCUCUGUCGGGGACGCGGUCCCUCGGCGGCCGGAAGAGACACGCCGCUGCCGCCGCCGCCGCCUCGUCGCCCACCUCGGCGCUGUCUAAGUCGCAAAAGAAGAAGAAGAAAAAGAAGAAACACAAGCACUUAUCCCUGCUGCUCGAGGAAGCGGGCCUGAGCUCCUCCGACGACUCGUUCGAUCAAGAGUCUUCGGAGGAUGAUUACGACGACAAAUACAACGAGGAUUCCGAUUGGGAAGACGGCGGCUGCGAGGAGAGCGGCCUGGGUCUUUUGGCCAGGUUCGCGGCCAGCGUUCUCCCCGUUAGCUCCGCCCCUUUGAGCCUUCUCCCCGAUGGCAAACAUCACAGGCGAUCGAGCACUCUGGGUUCAUCAGAAUGCGAGUGGUCCGACUCCGGUUGCGACUUGCGCUUGAGGAAGUUCCCCUCUCUGCUGCACGGCAAACGCUCGGCGCCGGAACUCCCCCUGUUGCCCCCGGCCAACCGCCGUAUCGAGCAGAGCAGCCCGAGCAAGCGGGACGAAACGCUGGCCGUCAAACGCAAGCCGCUGCCUAUCAAACAACGCCGACCCUCGCCUCGACCUCAGCGGCGCUUCACUUUCGAUCUGGCGACCGCUUCCGGCUCGGGCGUGUUCAGCGAGGACGAGGCCUGGAACCGACGACGUAGCGAGCGGAUCUUCCUCCACGACGCCACCGCCUCAGCCAACCAGACGUCGUCGUUAUCCGGCACGUGUCAGAGCUCCUCGUCCAGCUCAGCCCCGCCGCUCACCCCGAAAGCCGUCUCCCGACCCAAACAGCCUCCUUCCAACAGAGAUGCCGCGAAAAAAAAGAAGCCCAAGGAAUCCUCCGCCUCCUCCUCCUCUCUGCCCGUCAGCCCGUCGUCUCUGAGUAGUCCAAUAAGAGACAACGCUACGGCGCUGAGCCUCAGCCCGGCGCGGAAGAGCCAAUCUAAAGCAAAGACCAAGGCCCGGGAGGUCAGUGAGCAGUCCAGGGGAGCGGUGAGCCGACUGAUGGAGAGCAUGGCCGCUGAUGAGGACUUUGAGCCCAAUCAGGACAGCAGCUUCAGCGAAGACGAGCUCGUCCCGCGGCGCGGCGGCAGCAGUGUGCCCGAGAGGUCCUCGACACCCGCUCCAGUGCAGUGCGUGUUGGACAAGGACUCUUUGGCGGACGGACUCCGGGUAUUGAUCCCAAUGGAUGAUCAGCUUUUGUACGCGGGACACGUCAACACUGUGCACUCACCUGAUAUAUACAGCGUGGUGGUGGAGGGCGAAAGAGGCAACCGGCCGCACAUCUACUGCUUGGAGCAACUGCUACAGGAGGCUAUCAUCGAUGUGAAGCCUCCUUCGGUGCGCUAUCUCCCCGAGGGCACCCGCAUCGCUGCCUACUGGAGUCAGCAGUACCGCUGCCUUUAUCCUGGCACAGUUGUCAACGGAAGUUCCGACAUUGACGAAAAGGACGAUCUCAUCACGGUGGAGUUCGACGAUGGCGACACCGGGCGCAUCCCCCUCUCGCACAUCCGACUUCUGCCACCGGACUACAAAAUCCACUGCGCUGAGCCUUCCCCUGCACUUCUGGUGGCCAGUUGCUCCCGCCGGAGGGUGCGCAAAUGCAGCAAGGAGGGCAAAGAGGCCAAGAGUGAUGAAAGCGCUCCAAAGGUCAAGGGGAAACCUGGUCGCAAGCCCAAAUCCAAACCAGAAACCUCCUCGAACUCCGACUGCAAGGAAAAAAACGAGUCUCCGUCGUCCGGCCAGCCCCCAGACAAAUCCCAGGAUUCCACCAAAGUAGCCCAGGACAGAAGCUCGUCAGUCCAGAAAGUAGUUCAGGAGAAGCCACGGCCCGCUUCGCGCCCCGCGGCAAAACCGGGACGCAAGAGUUCCAUCGCGUCGUCCCCUUCAAGUAGCCCGACCUCCUCGGCGGGACCCAGAAAGAGCGGCUCGGCUCCUGCCGCUCAAUUGAAAGCCAAGCUCUCUUCGUCAUCCUACCCGUCCACCUACGGAAAGAUCCUGACUGUGGACUUGUACAGCGAGCCCAAUCUGACCUCGUAUAACGGCCAGCGUAGAGAAAGAGAGAGCGGCGCCGCCAACGUCAGUGCAUCCAACAGGCCCGUGUCCAGACCCAGUGUGACGGCAAAGCCCGGUGUCUCCACUCCCAGAUCUCCCUCUACCCCAGCGCCCAAAAGCAAAGGCGCCUCGGAACAUCACGGCAGCUCCAGACCCAUCGGAUCUGUUCUCCAUCCCAUCUCCAGACUGUCGGCAGGCAAAUCCGGUUCUUCCCUGGCUGCCAGAACGUCAUCGGCAUCGGGACCUCUCUCUGGACCCAAAGUGAAGAUGCCGUCUGAGCCGGCUUCCAGGCCCAUCUCCAGGAUCAAGCCCGCCUCCAGACAGGCGGACACGGUCAAGCGGAAGCCCGCCUCCGCCGAGCCCCUGGUGAAGCUUGAUCACGAGGGCGUGACCUCGCCCAAAACUAAAAAAACCAAGGCUCUGAUGUUGCUGGAGGGCCAAAGCGUCAGACGGGAUCCCGCCCCCUUGGGCGAGCAGAAAGCGCUCAAAUCCAAAGCCAGGGUUCCCGAGAGCGAGCCUGGCCUGCGGGAGAAGGAGCCCGCCUACGCUUCGCACGUCCUGGCUAAAGAGCGAGGGGAGAGCCGCGCUAGAGGGCAGGAACCCGACGCCAGGGAGGAGAAAAGCAAACUAGAGGAGCAAAAGGAGGAGGACAGAAGGAAGGAGAGGAAGAUCAAGGAAGAGUCUCCGAGCAGCAGCAGCAGCAGCAGUAGCAGCAGCAGCAGCUCCGAGUCGGAAGCAGAAAGCGGCAAAGGGAGUGUCAAGCAAAAGAAGAAAUGCACCUCCAGCUGCUCUUCCUCCUCUUCAUCCUGCUCCGGCUCUUCCUCCUCGUCCUCGUCCUCGUCUUCCUCCUCCUCCUCGUCCUCCACGGACGACUCCUCCUGCAGCUCCGACGAAGACAGGACCGCCACCCCUCCGCCGGGCCCCGUCUCUCCCUUGCCGGCAGCAGCAGCACAGGACAAAGUGAAAGAGGAGGAGGAGGAGCAGGACCUAAAGGAGGAGGUGGACGUCAAAGUGGAGGAAGACGAGGAGGAGGCGUCGCCUGGCUCCCUUUCGCCGUCACCGUCGCUCUCAACCUCCUCGGCUCCGGCCAAAGCGGCCACCGGCAAAGGUUCUGGGCAAAGGGGCCGCCCUCCCAAACCCAAGCCCAGCGGAGGAGAGGGAAAAGUGGGGAGGCCCAAGCGGCGGGAGGGCGUCCACCUCCCCACCACCAAGGAGUUGGCCAAACGCCAACGCCUCCCCAGUGUGGAAAACAGGCCCAAGAUUUCCGCCUUCCUUCCAGCCAGACAGCUCUGGAAGUGGUUCGGGAAACCCACUCAGAGGCGAGGAAUGAAAGGCAAGGCCAAGAAGCUCUUCUACAAGGCCAUCGUGCGUGGCCGGGAGAUGAUUCGCAUCGGCGACUGCGCCGUCUUCCUGUCGGCGGGGAGGCCCAACCUGCCCUUCAUCGGUCGCAUUCAGAGCAUGUGGGAAUCGUGGGGCAGCAACAUGGUGGUCAGGGUCAACUGGUUCUACCAUCCGGAGGAGACCAACCCUGGCAAGAAACUCACCGACAAGAAGAACUGGGAGCAAAUAUGUGGGCAGUCUUUACCAGCGGCUCUGCAGUCUUCCAUUCAACGAAAAGACUUCAUGGAGCGCGCCCUCUACCAGUCGUCCCACAGCGACGAGAACGACGUGCAGACCGUCAGUCACAAAUGUCUGGUGGUCGGCGUGGAGGAGUACGAGCAGAUGAGCCACACGCGUCGCUACGCCGAGAGCGAGGACCUCUACUACCUGGCCGGCACCUACGAGCCCACCACGGGGAUGAUCUUCAACACGGACGGCGUCCCGCUCAUCUGCUAAACGCGAGCUUGCGCUUCUCUCCAACCAAAAUGUGACCCGACCAGCAAAACCAGGUGACCAUUCCAAGUUGAUUGGUGACGAGACACAAACGAACCCUCGGACGGACUCGUCGGAACGCACUCGUCGGAACGCACUCGUCGUGUAAAUACUCCCGUGUAACAGAAAAGCUAUAUAGAGGCAAAUAUGAGUGUUUUAUUUUCACGUGCUAGCUAUGUCCGAGUACUUUUUCUCCAAGAGGUAAAGAAGAGUGGAGAAGCUUUAAGGAAACGUGACUGACCACACAGGUUGUGAUUCUGAUGUUGCCGUGGUGAUGUUCCAGUCAUGUCUUUUCCAUGUAUCUACAGUAGAGAACAGCAGGAGCGAAAGAGAAAGAGGUCCAGACUCCCUCCAAUUUGCUGUCCAAACAGAGAGCACUUAGAAUCCUCAAAUCCAACUCGCGGGCGUUUUUUAUUUUUCACGCAAAGCCCCGUAGCUCCCCUUGACAAUCGAAACUCAGGCAGGCAGGUAGAUUCAGAAGUGUCUCAAACUCCCUCAGACACUCAGGCUAAAGAGAGAGCAAGUGGACGGACGGACGUGUGAUCUACUUUUUAAAAAGCACUUGUCCGUUGUCAGCCACCGCAAGAGCUAAAUCCACCCGGAAAUUUGAUUUUAGGCAGAAAGCAGAGCAAUAGAUUUUGUCCACAUUGUGCAAAAUGUGAGAUAGAAAACUAAUCAAAUGGAUUGCACAAAUAUUGGAAGCUCAGGAUGGAAUUUUUGAUUUGAUUUUUUUUUUUUCCCUAAACACAUUGUCAAGCUCAAUGUAUGUCUUUUUUUGUCAUGCGUUCAUCCUUUCAAGCAAGUUUCAGUCUCUACGCACUGGUGGAGCUAGAGGGGGGGCUGCAGGGGCACUGCCCCCCUCCUAAAUAUGCUUAGACCAGGUGCCAAGCCAGGUAAUGACUUUUAUGGGAUUUUUUUCUUUCUUCUCAACAUUUCCACACAUUUAAUGAAUUUUUAUCAGCAAAGGGGAAAAAAUCCUAGCUCCGCCAGUGCCUCUGUUUACCACGAGUGCACUUUGAACAACUUUUUGAAAGGGCGUCUUUUUUUUUUUUUUUUCCCCUCCUCCUCCAUAGCCCCCUGACUCCCUUUGAGUCCCACAGGCAGGCAUCCCGCUUUCAGCCACUUUUUGACGUGCCUAAUUUGACCGUUUUUAGGUUUCAACUGUUGAAUGUCAUGCUAAAGAAUAAGCAAUGGCCGCACUCUUCCUUAACGACCAUCAUGAUAAUGAUUUUUUUUUUAUGCCAAAUGGUUAAGCCUACUCCGUUUUUGCGGCCACUCAAGGUUUCCUGCAUCCGCGCUGAAUAUCUUUCCAUUCAUCUGAGGCGCCAUUGCAGCAGACACUACCGAUUGUCUCAUCUUAACUACGGUUAUAAUUUCAAUGAAGAGAAACCAAACUCCUAAAUGGAGCUUUGCAUUUCUAAAAAAAAAAACACAAAGGUUUGAUCAUGAUGCUGCUAGUUGUGUUCAUAUUUGAGGUUUGACAAGGUACAGCUAAAGCGAGACAAAAGAUAGAACAGACGAGAAGUGCUGGUUCUGAAUGUUUGUGUCUUUGUGCGUGUCGCUUUUGUAACCCAUCUUGGGUGCGUUAAGGCCUUCCAGCCCCACGUACAUCCAAAGUUCAGCCUUACAGGGUCCAAUGUGCACACCCUCAUUCCCCAACUCAUUUGCUCUCUUUUGUAUCAUCAGAUUCUAUUUGUUUUCUUUGGCUGUGAUUUUUUUUGUUUUUUUUGGGUGUGUGUAUAUUAUAUGCCUACGUUUUACUAUCCCCUCUCUGAACAAUCGUCCACGCCUGCUGACAGGCACUGGGAGCUAGCUGCUAGAAAGAGAGAGCGAGAGAGCAUAAGAGAGAAUGAGAGAGAGGUGGACUGGAGGCUGGUUCUUCGUCUGCUGUUCCUUCGAUAUCGUAACUCGUCCUGUUCCAGGCGUAUAACAAGAUUAUUUUGAAAAUGACUAGAAAAAAAUGAUCUACGUUUUGUAAAUGAUCCUUCACUGUCGAGGGAGAGAGAGAGAGAGAGAAGCUUAUCAGAAUAUACUUUGUACACGUCUAAUCUUGUAAAAACGCAAAAGAAUACAUUUUAUUGCAGACACCAGAUAUAUACCGUUGCUCUAUACUGUAUGUGUAAGGAUUUUUUUUUUUUUUUUUUACAGACAACGACCACGUUUACCAGUGUUUCUUUUUAAUGGUUUUAGUAACUCAGUAUUUUAUAGUUAAUAAACAGAUGGAACUGUA